GUUGUUACCUGCUGGUAGACACCUGUCACAGACUAAGAAGAGGUUUUUUGUUUUUGUUGUGGACGCUGGUUUAAGCACUUCGAGAAGGUGAUGACGAAAACAAAGGGAAAGGCUCGGCCCAAAGGGGAAGGCCUCACCCCGUAUCAGGGAAAGAAGCGGUGUUUUGGGGAAUAUAAAUGCCCCAAAUGCAAGCGGAAGUGGAUGAGCGGAAACUCCUGGGCCAACAUGGGACAAGAAUGUAUUAAGUGCCACAUCAACGUUUACCCUCAUAAGCAGCGUCCUCUGGAGAAACCAGACGGGUUGGACGUGUCGGACCAGAGCAAAGAGCAUCCACAACACCUGUGCGAAAAAUGCAAAGUCCUCGGCUACUACUGCCGACGUGUGCAAUAACACUCCUCAUCAGCCCCCAUAUCCCCUAC